AACCAGUUUCUUAUACUUUUCAUUCGAGGUCCACAUUUAUGUCAUGUCAUUUCACUUUUAAAACUAGAAACAAAAAGUCCGUCACGAUGUUGGUGGAGGAAUUUAUUUUAAGAGGUAUUCUCGUAGCAGCAUUGACACCUUAUAAUUACAAAGAUCCACUAUCACUAAAUUUAACAGUGAUUCCAGAUUAUGUUCAAUAUUUGGAAAAAAAAGGUGUUGCAGGUGUACUUAUUGGUGCAACAACAGGAGAAGGACAAGCUUUGUCUGUUCCCGAAAGAAAAUCACUUGCUGAGGAAUGGAUGAAGGCGAUAAAAUCAACAAAAUUACAUUUAAUGGUUCAUAUUGGAGGUGCUCCACUUCCUGAUGUUUUAGAAUUGGCAAAACACGCGGAGAAAUUACAUGUCGAUUCUUUGUUGACAUUACCAGAAUUGUAUUUCAGACCUUCUAAUGAAAAGGAAUUAGCGACAUAUUUAAAACUUGUAUCUGAUGCAGCACCGAAUACACCUUUGCUGUAUUAUCACACACCACAACGAGCGCCAAUAAAAGGUCUGAACAUUGCUGAAUUUUUAGAAAAUUAUGGAUAUUUAGUUCCAACUCUUGUUGGUAUUAAAUAUUCUAAUACAGACUUAUCUGAAGUUGCUCAAGCAUUGGAGGCAAGGAAUGGAAAUUACACAAUUCUCGUCGGAGCUGAAAAGCUAAUAUAUCCAGCUUGUGCAUUGGGUGCAGAAGCAUUCAUAUCAGCUUCCUCAAAUUUAUUUCCUGAACUUCCGCUAACGAUUAGUGAAGCGUGGAAAAAUAAGGACUUUGAAAAAGCUAAAAAACAUCAGGAACUUUUUACAAAAGCUCUAAAUGUUUAUCCUCUCUUUGGAAAUCAAGUGCAAGGUAUAAAGCUUGCGAUGCGACAUUUGACACCUUUCGAUUUUGGAGAUGCUCGAAUUCCUUGGAAUCGGAUUUCAUCAGAGAAAGAAGUCAAAUUAAUAAAGGAAUUGCAGAAAGAAGUUAUAGAUAAAAUGGAAUUUCUCGGUAUUAAAUGAUAAAUAAAUUUUGUACUAUCUCGUAAAUUACUUAUAUAUAUAUAUAUAUAUAUAUAUAUAUACACUUAAAAAUAAAAAUUUUUUCAAUAAAAAAAUUAAGCUGUAAAAACUUAUAAUCACUAGUUAAAGGAAUUUUUAUUUGAUCAAACUUUUGUAAAACUGAUUUUCUAGUUGACCGAAUUUUAAUUUAAUAUAAUUUUUAUUCAAAACUAAUUUAUAUUCUACAAAAUUUUCAUAAUACAAAAUUUUUAAUUGACAUAAUUUUUCUUUAAUUUAAUUUCAAAUUUAACCAAAUUUCCAUUUAACGAAAUUCUUAUUCUAUAGAAUUUUAAGUGAUUCGAAUUAUCGACUGAAUUUUCAAUUCACCGAAUUUUUCAUUUGUCGGAAAAAUAAUCACCAGAAAGAUUUCGGCGCGAAUUUUAAAAUUAAUCAAUCACAAUUAUAUUGGUUUAUUUUUUUUUAAUUGGUCAAUUUUAAAAUAUGCGACGAAAUCUUUCUUUUUAUUUUUCGGACAUUUGUAAUUUCGAACAAAUAGAAAUUUGGCGUUUUGACAAUUCUAUUAAAUAAAAAUUCAUGAAAUAAAAAAUUCGGACAAAUUGAAUAUUCGGUUAAUUUGGAAAUUCUGACACUUAAAAACUUGAAUCACUUUAAAUUAUGUUGAAUGAGAAUUCAUUGAUAAAUUAAUAUUCAGUUAAAUAAUUAAAAUUUUUUUUAACCAAAACGCAUUAUUUUGUAAAAUUGUACUUUCAAUUCUGAAAUAUAUUCGAAACAAAAUUUUCUUGAAUAAUAUUUUUUGUUGAAUAUAAAUUAUUGAGGAAUUAAUAAAAUGAAUUUAAUAUUUUAAUAACAUUAGCUAUUAAAGUAAAAUGUAUUUAUUAACUAAUAUUAAAUUUAGUUAAAAUUAAAAAAAAACGACUUAAAAUCGAUCCGGUGACUGAAAUAAUGAAUAGAAAUUCUGUGAAGUGAAUAUUUGAUUGUAUAAAUAUUCUGUAAAUAUAUAAAAAAAUAAGGUUAAUGGAAAUUCUUGCAAAAAAUAAUUUGAACAAAUAAAAAUUCAGCUAAAAGAAAAUUCGGCGAAAAUUCUAUCUAUAAUGAAUAUUUUAUUUUAUAAUAAUAAAAUGCUUGAUCUGUCCUUCUGUCCUAA